AUGGGUAACUCGUGUUGUAUCGUCGACAAACAAGAACCGUACUAUGACAGCACGGAGAUACCCGAGAGUUACCACAAAGAUUGGAUGUCUCGUCUCGACGACAGUUGCGAGCUGGCCAUGUUGUCUUUGCCAGGCACUCACAACUCCAUGUCCCUGCAUGGCGGUGCGCUAACACAAUGCCAAUCCUGGUGUCUGACGGCUCAACUUGACGCAGGAAUACGGUGGCUCGACAUCCGCUGUCGGCAUUACCAAGAAGGUCUACCAAUCUACCACUCUAUGAUCUUCCAGCACUACAACCUGGACGAAGUGUUCCGUGACUGCGUCAAGUUCUUACAGGACCAUCCGACUGAAAUUGUCGUCAUGCGAAUCAGGAGGGAGUGGGACACAUCGGAAGUGGACAGCGACAAGACGAUGGACCAGAAAGUGCAGGAACAUGUGGAUAAGUGGGGCGGAGACGAUUAUUUCUGGACGCAUCACCAGUUGCCGACGGUCAGGGAGUCUCGUGGAAAAGUUGUUAUUCUAUACGACUAUUACGGAGGUACCGUUGGGGUGAAUUACUGGGUUUUGGACAUUGCUGAUAUGUGGGAUGUUAGCAACAUCUGCUAUUGUGCCAUCGAAACCAAAUGGGACGACGUCAGAACUCACCUGGAUGAAGCUAGUGAUCUGGAAAGUACCCGGAUGUUUCUAACUUAUAGCAGUGGAUCGAGCGCCUGUGCCCAUCCUCACUCCGUCGCGUGGCGAAUCAAUCCGAAGUUGUACGAUUACAUCACUGGUGCGAAAGCAAGAUGGGGAGCUGUGGCCAUGGACUUCCCCGGAUCCGAACUGAUCGAACGAAUAAUACAUUCGAACUUUUAA